UAGGGUGUGGAGAGAGCACACGAAGAAGAGCUAGUUCCGGGUUGUUUGUUUUGGUCGGUUGUCGUGACAGCAACAGUUAGCUUAGCUUCAGUUAAACAUGUCAGCUGCAGAAGACGACACCGAGCUGAGGGACCUGCUCAUCCAGAAUCUGGAGAACAGUGGAGUACUCAACAAGCUGAAGGCAGAGAUGAGGGCAGCAGUUUUUCUGGCCAUGGAGGAGCAGGACAAACUGGAGAACAAAACUCCACUCAUCAAUGAAAACCUGAAGAAAUGUCUCAACACUAAAGACGGACGCCUGGUUGCCAGUCUGAUCGUGGACUUCCUGCAGGUGUUUAACCUGGACUUCAGCCUCGCUGUGUUCCAGCCAGAGAUCAACUCACUGAACGGUCUGGACAGCCGGGAUCUGGUCUGCAGAGAGCUGGGUCUGUCCGAGUCGGAGCUGAACAAGAACUCUCCGGUGCUGCUGGAGCUCGUCAGGAAAGGACAGCACAAAGACAAAACAGACACUGAGGGAGACAAAAGUGGAAACAUCCCCAAGGACCUCCCUCAGAAACAGAUCGCACAUGCCCGGAAGAAAUUUGACUUUUACGACAAGGACCGAAGCGGCUCUGUUCUAACAGAAGAUCUGACAAGCGUCUUCACAGAUUUGUUCCCCAGUUUGAACAAGAACAUGUUGGAGAGGUUCAUCACUGAUGAGCUCAGAGCUGCAGACAAAAUCUUCUCUGAAACGAUAGACUUCCACUUCUUCAUGGGGAUGUACAAGCGUUUCUACAGUCAGUGCAGAAGUGUGGUUGUUCUGGACUCUGAUGUCAGUCAGCCUCGGAGUCAGAUUCCUGAUGAGAAAAUCCGCUCUCCAUCUGCCAGUAAGAUCCCCAGGUAUAAAGGCCAAAAUCACAGAGGACAGAGUCAGACAGCAGCCAAGGACUCGGAGCAUUCGGUGUCUCUGGGCAAAGGAGAGUUUCAGCAACCAGCUCCCAACAACAGGACGUCCUCGUCUGGUCUGAGGAGGGAGCGUCUGGACCUGGACCUGGAGGGAGACGGGGAGGACGACCCCGACGACGGAGAUUCAUUCUUCGACGACCCGCUGCCCAAACCGCAGAAGACCUACGGCUGUCAAAGCUCUCUGUUUGGAGAAAAGGACUCUUCAGAGAAGACCAGCAGUCACAAGGACCUUGUCCCCCUGAGGGAGGAGAGUUUCUCUGGGCCAGUCGUCUCCCCCAUGAGACGGGGUAAAAGCCUCUGCGAUCUUUCUGUCCUGGCUGGUGACUCAGAGGUGAAGCGAGACGAUCCUCUCUCUGAUCAUAGUCACAGCGCUGAGCUCAGGAAGGUGGAGACGUCGGCGACUGGAGGGAGUCCAGCAGGAGCCCCGUCUGAGGCCCAAAGAGGAGGAGGAGGAAGAGGAGGAGGAAGCAACAUGUCAGAGCAGAGCCACAGCAGAAACGGAGCAUCAAACUCCAAAGAAAAGGGCUUCAAGGCUCAGAGUGACAAAACCGGAUCUCUACACUUAGAUGAUGACAUUGAAUACGACGACGACUUUAAUAGCCAUCGGUCAGACCUCUCCAAGAGUGAGCUGAGUAUCGGGGAGGAGAUCGAGGAGGUUUCCAUUGAGGGUCCUGAAAGCAGCGAUAAGUUCGAUGAAACCACUCAGGACCUGAGCGUCUCUCAGCUCAGUCAGAGUCACGGUGCUGACUACAUGGAGGAGGUGGCCUGACCUUCCAUCAUACUACACUCUUGUCUUUCCCAUCAUGCACCUCUUUGUAUUUUCAUAUUUAAGUCUGUACAGUGUCACUGUAUCAAUAAAUGGGUUUCUUGUAUUCCAUGCUGAA